UGGGUGCCAGGCAGCGGCUCCUUCUCAACCUCGAUCCGGCCUUACCGUCUCCUGGACAAUGGAGGCGCAGCAGGCACAAGGUCUGCUGGAAACACAGCCAUUGCACGAGACAGAUGAAGAAAUGGUCACUGAUAUUGAUUUCACAAGCAUGAUUUCUGAAGAAGAGAGAGAAGAAUUAAAGAUUGAGCUAGCCAAGCUAGAGGAUGAAAUUUCAACUUUACGGCAAGUGUUAGCAGCCAAAGAAAAGCACCUGGCAGAAAUAAAACAAAAGCUUGGUAUCAACCUGAUGAAUGAGCUGAAACAGAACUUUAGCAAAAGCUGGCACGACAUGCAGACGACUUCUGCUUAUAAGAAAACACAUGAAACUCUGAGCCAUGCAGGACAGAAGGCAACAGCAGCUAUCAGCAAUGUAGGAACAGCCAUUGGCAAGAAAUUUGGAGAUAUGAGGUCACAUUCGAUUGGUUACUCUAUUCGCCAUUCCAUAAGUAUGCCUGCUAUGAGGAAUUCUCCAACUUUCAAAUCGUUUGAGGAGAAGGUUGAGACCACUGUCACAAGCCUGAAGACGAAGGUUGGAGGGACAAGCCCCAGUGGGGGAAGUUUUGAAGAAGUUCUCAGUUCUACUGCCCACGCCAGUGCUCAGGGUUCUAUCACAGGCACUCCACUUUCUGAGAACGAGGAGGAACUUCAGUGUUAG